GCCCCCCGGCAAUCAUUGCUUCAGUCUGACUGCUGGGCGGACGGGCUCACUGAAGGGCAGCACAGGAGGAGAUGGCGCCAGGGGAUCUGAUGGUAGCCGCUGAGGAACUGGCCGAAAAGUUCCUCCGGGUCACCAAGCGCUAUCUUCCUCAUCUGGCUCACCUGUGCCUGAUCAGCACCUUCCUGGAAGACGGGCUCCGUAUGUGGCUGCAAUGGAACGAGCAGCGGGAUUACAUCAGCAUGUCGUGGGGCUGUGGGAUGUUCCUGGCCACCAUCUUCGUCCUCAUUAAUAUGUUUGGACAGCUAGCUGGAUGUGUCCUCGUCCUCACUAGGAAGUUUGUUCCGUACGCUUGCCUCGGCCUCUUCCUGAUCAUCGUCCUCCAGACCAUCGUCUACAACAUCCUGUGGGAUCUGAAGUUCCUCAUGAGGAACAUGGCGCUGGGCGGUGGUCUCCUUCUGUUACUGGCGGAGUCCCGCUCUGAAGGGAAGUCCAUGUUUGCCGGGGUACCAAGCGCAGGGGAAAGGUCGCCACGUCAGUAUAUGCAGCUUGGAGGUCGCGUCCUACUCAUCCUAAUGUUCAUGACUUUGCUCCGCUACAACGCCAGCGCAUUUGAAAUCUUCCAGAACUUCUUCGGCCUGAGUCUGAUCAUCUUGGUUGCAAUUGGCUUUAAGACCAAGUUGGCAGCCUUGACCCUGGUCCUUUGGCUCAUGGUCAUCAACAUCCUCCAGAAUGCCUUCUGGACGGUGCCAUCUUACCGCCCACUCCACGACUUCCUGAAGUACGACUUCUUCCAGACCCUCUCGGUAACGGGUGGGCUGCUGCUGGUCGUGGCGCUAGGGCCCGGCGGAGUGUCCAUGGAUGAACACAAGAAGAAGUGGUGACCUGCCCUUGCCAGGCACAGCCACGCCUUACGCAACAACCCAAUAUAUUACAGCCAAUUGCUUCUCUCCGGUCCGCACCAUGUGCACCUGACUGGUUGAAGCACACCUGACUGGAAUGUUCCAUUUUGUGCGGGGAGCUUUUCUGGAGUAGCUCUGACCUUGGAAUGUUCCAUUCAAAUGGGGAUCUUGUCAAACCUUACAUUACUCUUAGAUGGGUUGGCUUAAAGGGAAGGUAGCACCAACCCGGCUUGUCUCUCAGCGG